AUGAUUAAAAUCAUACUUCGAGUAGUAAAAAAAAUUCAUACAUCUUCACAACUGGCAGAAGAGCAGAAAAGACAGAUUUUCUUGUUGCAUCACGAUAUUGGCAAGUGGCACACGGAGCUUCUCAGCCUCCCAGUUCAUUUGGACACAGCCAGGGCUGGUGGAGCUCUGCCUGCUGCACCUUCCUGCAUGAGGAAAGCUCCCAGGGCAGCCAGCGCCUGGCUGAACCCUCCUGCACAAGGGACAAGGUGUGCUGUGCCCCUCCUGCACAAGGGACAAGGUGUGCUGUGCCCCUCCUGCACAAGGGAUAAGGUGUCCUGGCCACAGAGCCCCUCCUGCACAAGGGACAAGGUGCCCUGGACACACAGACCCUCCUGCACAAGGGACAACGUGUCCUGGGCACACAGAGCCCCCUGCCCUGCAGGUCAGCAUCCUCCUCGCUGCUGGGGGACACGUACCUGCGGUGCUUUGCUUUUCCUCUGUUCGUGUUACAUCCCGACUCCUGAACUCUGCAGCUCUAAAACCCUGUGGGGUUUUUGUUUAUUUGAAGGUUACAGCAAGCCGUACCAGAGCCGUGCUGCCGUGACCCUGUUCACCCCACACGGGUCCGGGAGUGUCGCUCCCCUGUCCCCUCUGGGGAUGCUUUUCUCGGUGCCAGGGAGCGUUUCUGGCCCCCGUGUGUGCCCUGGGGGCUGGGACUGCCACGGGCACCUCCAGCCAGGCUGGUUGUUUCUGCAGUCACAUUGUGAACGCAGUCACUGCUGCUUCUCUGGAAUGCACUCUGAUCUUCUAAGGAAGAAAAAAAAAAAAAGAAGAAGAAAAAAAAAAAGCCAAUUAAUUUUAAAGAAGCUCCAGCCACGGGUUUACCUCCGAGAGGCUACAGCAGCGAAACCUGCUGAGUGCAUUCCGGAGGAGAAAUCAGAAAUCCCCGAUCCUCAGACACCGAUGGCAGCAGCACCAGCACCCGCCUGCAGCUCAGCCGGGCGCUCAGGAGGCUUCAGUCCUUUGACUGAGGGGAUUUUCUUGGAAAACUGUGCAUUAAUUGAGGCACACCAUGGUUACAAAUCAGGACACAUGCCCGCACUAAUCUUUUGA